CGUGUGACGAUCUUGCAAUCAUUGCCAAGAACGGGGAGAGGGCAAUGCGGCUAUCUCCAAGGGAGGUGGAGCACCUGCAGCUUCAUCAAGCAGGCGUCGUGGCGCAAAAACGCUUGGCGAGGAGCUUGCGCCUGAACUACGUGGAGACGGUAGCGCUGAUUGCAUCGCAAUGCUUGGAGCUCAUUCGAGACGGCCGCUCUGUGGCGGAAAUCAUGUCGUUGGGGAAGGCAAUGCUUGGUCUUCGCCAAGUCAUGGACGGUGUGUCUGCGAUGCUGCACGAUGUGCAAGUGGAAGGAACGUUUCCCGAUGGGACCAAGCUUGUGACAGUGCAUAACCCCAUUUGUCGCGUCGAUGGGGACAUGUCGUUGGCGUUAUACGGGUCGUUUUUCCCCGUGCCGUCUCUCGAAUCGUUUGGUCCUGCCGAACCCUCCGUCGACCUCAACAAGCAAAUCAUUGUGGUGGACGAUGAAAAUGGCAUUGAACUCAAUGGCGGGCGAGUGCCUCAGCGCUUGGUUGUGAAAAACAUGGGGGACCGACCAAUUCAAGUGGGGAGUCACUUCCACUUGAUUGAAACCAAUCCGAUCUUGGACAUGGAUCGCCGCCGAGCGUACGGUCAUCGUUUGAACAUUCCUGCCGGAACAGCCGUCCGUUUCGAGCCGGGGGACGUGAAGACUGUGUCUAUCGUCCCCAUCGGGGGACAUCGCGUCAUCUCUGGAGGUAAUAACGUCGCCACGGGACCUGUUGACCAGGCGUCCAUCGAUGGCAUCGUAUCUACCUUGGUGGGCCGAGGGUUCCUGCACACGCCGAUCGAUCCGACCGACGAGGAAUUGCAGAGUCGCCCGCCACCAUGUAUCAUGUCCCGGCAAACGUACGCGAGAACGUAUGGCCCGACCACCGGCGAUCGCAUCCGUCUGGGGGACACCUCUUUGGUCGUCCACGUCGAGAUGGACUUCACUGUCUACGGCGAUGAAUGUACAGUGCUGCAAACCACUCGCAUGCGGUGGCACUUUUACUUGUCGGUAGGCAAGUUUGGCGGAGGCAAGGUCCUUCGGGAGGGCAUGGGGCAAGCCACGGGAUGCCAUGCCGACCAAGUGCUCGACACUGUCAUCACGAACGCCGUCAUUGUCGACUACACGGGCGUGUACAAGGCAGACAUUGGAAUCAAACACGGGGUCAUUUGGGCGAUUGGAAAGGCGGGAAACCCGGACGUGAUGGAUGGAGUACAGGACGACAUGGUCGUGGGCGUCAAUACUGAAGUGAUUGCCGGCGAGGGUUUGGUUGUGACAGCGGGGGGGGUCGACACCCACGUCCACUUCAUUUGCCCGCAGCUGUUCGACGAAGCCAUUUCCAGCGGGCUUACGACGCUUGUGGGCGGCGGCACGGGUCCAGCAACAGGCACAAAGGCCACCACAUGCACGCCGCACCCAGACCACGUCAAGCGCAUGCUGCAAGCCACGGACGCGUGUUCGCUCAACAUUGGCUUCACAGGCAAAGGAAACACCGCGUCUCCCAUAGGUCUCCAGGAUGUCGUGAAUGCUGGCGUAGUCGGGCUCAAGCUCCACGAAGACUGGGGGACGACGCCGUCGUCGAUUCAUGUUGCGUUGGAUGUAGCCGACGCCAACGACAUCCAAGUCACCAUCCACACGGACACGUUGAACGAAUCGAGCUGCGUGGAGCAAACGAUCGCCGCAUUUGGAAAUCGCACGAUCCACACGUAUCACAGCGAAGGCGCCGGCGGCGGUCAUGCGCCCGAUAUCAUCACCGUGUGCGGUGAGCUUCAUGUGCUGCCGUCGAGCACGAACCCAACGCGGCCAUUCACAGUCAACACGAUCGAAGAGCACGUCGACAUGCUGAUGGUGUGCCAUCACUUGGACAAGAGCAUUGCCGAGGACGUGGCGUUUGCCGAGUCGCGCAUUCGGGAGGAAACAAUUGCAGCGGAAGAUAUCUUGCACGACAUCGGCGCUAUCAGCAUCAUCUCGUCCGACUCGCAAGCGAUGGGGCGCAUCGGCGAAGUCAUCACGAGGACGUGGCAGACCGCCGAUAAGAUGAAGAGGCAGCGCGGAUUCCUCCCGGAAGACGCUGAAACCGAGACGGACAACUUGCGCGUGAAACGGUACAUCGCAAAGUACACGAUCAACCCAGCGAUUGCCCAUGGGAUGGCUGACUGGAUUGGGUCGGUCGAAGUGCGGAAGUUGGCGGAUCUCGUGCUGUGGCAGCCCGAUCACUUUGGUGCGAAACCUGAGCUCGUUCUAAAGGGAGGGUCCAUUGUGUACUCGCAAAUGGGGGAUCCAAACGCGUCGAUUCCGACGCCACAGCCGGUGAGGAUGCGACCGAUGUUUGGUGCAAAUGGAAGGGCAGUGGGUGGGACGUCCAUUGCAUUUGUCAGUCGUGCGUGCAAGGAAAAGCAGAUUGCCAAAGGGUAUGGACUGGGGAAACGCAUCGAAGCCGUGACGAAGUGCAGGAAUUUGACCAAGAAACACAUGAAGUGGAAUGACGCGCUGCCCAAGAUCGAAGUGGACCCGGAGACGUACCAAGUCACGGUGGAUGGCGAAGUGCUGACGUGUCUGCCGUCCACUUGGCUUCCUCUUUCGCAGAAGUACUUCUUGUUCUAACCUUGCGCGCUUCUACCUUCCCUUCAGUCUUGCUUGAUCGUCGUCAAGCCAUGCAUGCAGUGCUGAGAAAAUUUGAAAGUGUGCCAGAA